AGUUUGGCUACAACCAAUAGUGUUCAGCCUUUCUUUCCGAUACAAAGGAAGUCAUAGACACCUACAGUAUCAAUAAGGACUGUGUGGUGAUGGCGUCUCAGGUAAGCAGCACUGGGCGGUCUUCCGUCCAACCUCUACAUAGCUAGUAGUUCAGUGAUGCAAACUAACUGGCUGUAAGCGUACGAGUGAUGCGCGUUUGGAGCAAUACUGGCUGCUGUGUCCAGGGGUCAGACAGUCGUUCACAUGACAACGGAAGAGAACCAAUUUACUAGUUACAGCAGCGCGUCCCCUGAACGAUAACGAAGAGGAAACGUUAGGAGAGAAGCCUGACACCGGAGACACCGACAGUUUCAAGUUGGAUAUUAAUAAGUGUCAUUAUCUGUCUUUACGUCGGUCACGGAGACGAGGGUGAGAAGAGUGGGAGGUGAAAUAUUUGCAGUGAGCCUUGCACAAGGUGGACCGUCUCCAUGAUUCAUGCAGGAGUGAUGUUACCACUAUCUGUUGACCGGGACCCUGAAGAACCUAACAAAGGGUAGUGUACAUGACACAGAUUUGUCCCCAUGAAUCAAAACGAUCAAAGAUGCCUUUGACCUGGCACCCUACACUGAAGGAAUCCUCAACUGUGGCUACACAGGACCCAUCAACUUGGAUCACAAGGAGCAUAAUAAGAGACAUUUUGCUACACGUAACAACAAAACGUACCGCGAUGCUUCAGCAGCUGCAUGAAGGCCUUGAAUUCUACAUCCUAAUUGAGGUCCUGCAGAAGAACCCGAAGGAAUGUCUCAAUCUCUUUGUGAUGACAUGGUUGAUGCACACUACAUAAUCUCAAACCUGGCCCCAGAGAUGAGUGAAAGUGGUUCUCUAAAACAAAAGGAGAUGGAAAUCUUGGAUUUCUCUCAAGAUUUCCUCCAAGAACUUGAUGAUGGGAAAGUGAGCCUGCCUGUGGCUGAAGACAGUGGAGAGGAAGAAGACAGUGGAGAGGAAGAAGACAGUGGAGGGGAAGAAGACAGUGGAGAGGAAGAAGACAGUGGAGAGGAAGAAGACAGUGGAGAGGAAGAAGACAGUGGAGAGGAAGAAGACAGUGGAGAGGAAGAAGACAGUGGAGAGGAAGAAGACAGUGGAGAGGAAGAAGACAGUGGAGAGGAAGAAGACAGUGGAGAGGAAGAAGACAGUGGAGAGGAAGAAGACAGUGGAGAGGAAGAAGACAGUGGAGGGGAAGAAGACAGUGGAGAACCACUUUCUGUUCCCAGUGUUAUGCAGUGGCUGACAGGGCAGCCACACACACCUGCUUGUCUCAGAGAGAGAAAAGUUAAAGAUGGUCGUCAUUUUUGACCACUCAUGUCUACAACGCAUGCCUAACUACACUUUGUUACCCUGUUAGUGCAUACACCAAAACGAUAACAUUUCCCACAGCCCAUCUGAGAGAUUACGAUGCAUUUAAUUCAAACAUUGAAACAGCAAUCAAAUACAGUGCAAGGUUUGAUAGAGUUUAGCUGAAAGACUACUCAAUUUAACUGACUGAUAAACCACAUACAGUACAUUAUGUUCCUGUGUAAAGAAGCAGUCAAAUCUUUCUUGCUUUAUUUUGGGGUUAAUGCUUAAAUGUACGCCCAUGACAACUGUGAUUUAGAACAUGUUUUUUAUUAACCUCUUACUUCUCAGCAUUCAUAGAAGGAUGGUAGACUGCAGCGAUAGCUCAGAGGUCUAAACGUUGGAUGGCUGGAUGAAUGGACUAUUGGAAAUAGUCAGAGGGACUGAUGUAGUAUUUUGGCUUUUGUAAAGUUUUUGCAUUAUGUUUUAUACACUGGUCUUAGACUAUACCUUCAAACACCAAAUCCUUAGGUGGCUCCAUUGCUAGUAAAGAGUGUUACACUGUAUCAACAACAUGUGUUUUUGCAUCAUCGUAGUCCAUGGGAAUUAUGUAAAUGAAAUGACAUACAAUUUACUAGUUUUCUGGCCAACAUAGUGUUCCAGAUGUACUGUAACUACUUUAGGGUAUCAUCGGUUCUCUCCCCUUUAAUAUGUGAUUCUUUCUGUUUCUAUUCUUUAUUUUGUUUACCAAGAGCCUUGAAGCUGUUCUGUAUACAGUAGACCGAUGGGGGCCAAAGACUCCAUUUUAGUAUAGUGUUCACCAAGUGGUAUAGAAUACAAGUAUAUAAACUUUAUCCAAACGCAAUGUAAUAGACCAAUUUAUCUCCGGGCUUAAAGCUAGCAUUAUUCACAAGCAAAGGUGCUUGGUCUGACUUUGUUGUUCAUUUGUAGUACUGUAUCCUGUAACCAAACGAGUCACUGCUUAUUCAGUGGUCUCCAACUUCACCUCUGGAGCUCAGAAAUGAUGAAGAUAAAGAAGAAAAGAAAGGAAAUAAAUUACUUUUCAUAAAA